AUGUCCGACAACGCUGCUCGCCAGCGGAGGUUUCCGCUUGAGCCGCGCGUGGUCGACGUGACCGACCUGACGGACGAGGACGACGACGGAAACAACGGCAAACCAGUCACGCCGCCAUCGACGACGACGACGCCGACGACGCAGCCGAAGCGCAAGACCAAGGGCAAGAAGCGGCCGCGCGUGGAAGAAGAGGACGAGUACAGCCCGUACCUCGACAUCUUCCGCGUGCUGACUUUUUUGCUGCUGGCGUCGUGCGGCCUCAGCUACCUCGUGUCCGGCGGCGAGUCCUUCUUGUGGGGCAUGCAGCACAGACCCAACUAUCUCAAGCUCUCGUGGUGGAAGAUGCAAUAUGUAGGAGGCGACCACGGUCCUUACUCGAGCGGCCCACGGUACUUUACGCUCGAGGAACUCGCCGAAUACGACGGCUCGGUUGUCGAAAAGCCCGUGUACCUCUCGAUCGACGGCAACGUCUUUGACGUCUCGGCCGGCCGCCACAUCUACGGCCCCGGCGGGUCGUACCACUACUUUGCGGGCGUCGACGCCAGCCGUGGGUUUGUCACGGGCUGCUUUGCCGACGAUCGCACGGGCGACUUGCGCGGCGUCGAGGACAUGUUCUUGCCGCUGGACAACCCCGAGGUGGACAGCCACUGGACACCGGCGGAGCUGGCGGCGAAGAAGGUCCAGGAGCGCAAGGACGCCGUGAAGCGGGUGCACGACGCGGUGCAGCACUGGGUGGAUUUCUUCACCAAGAGCCACAAGUACCACUACGUGGGCAAGCUGAAGCGGGAGCCGGGCUGGGAGGGCGAACUGAAGCCGCUGUGCAAGGCUGCACAGGAAGGCCGGGCCUACCGCGAAGUGCCUACGAAAGAAGGGAAGUGA